ACCAGAAAAUGUACAAAAGGCUCAGAUAGCCAAAACGUGUUAGGGAUUACAUGGAUUACACAUGAACCCCUAAUCUUCUACAAACCCAUUUUGUACCACUAGAAUUAAGGUACUAUUCUAAACUCUCAGAAGACAUUUUAGGAAAAUUGUACAAAGGCCAAGAUGAUCCUGAUUACUGUGAACCAGUUGCAAACAGACAAAAAACUAGCAGAAAGUUGUUUGAUUACGGUAGGUUUUUUUGUUUUGUUUUGUUUUGUUUUUUUUUUUUUUUUUGAAGGAGAAAGGUUUAGUAUACAGAUUCACAACCCCUAAAGGGGUUUGCAGGGCUGAGUGUCCAUUGUGUUGAUUUAUUGGAUUGUAUUUUACUAAUUCAUACCGGUGUCACAUCAUCUGGAAAGGCGGCAACACAAGACAGCAUUAAGGCUUAUAUUCUGAGGACGCCUCAAGCUCUCCUCAGCUUAAUUUCUAAUAUGAAUUCCAAAAGACAUACAGAUUGAGCAGAAAGUCAUACAGUGAGCACAGAACAGAAAAGAAAGUGAUAGGUAACAGCAUUAGGGUAAAACAGGUACAAACAUUUAAACAAUUACAAGCAGGUCCAGGAAAGCACACAGGCAGAUCACCUCAAAAAAGCUGUGACAUCCGAUCUUACCACUUCAAGAGUUGUAAUUAGUGUUCAUAAUGCAGACUCUAAAUCAAGGAAAGUUAUUUAAAUGUAUAUAGAGGAUGUGUAAAAGCUGGAAAGAAACCUAUUUCAAGAUGGAUUAAAAAAUACCCAGGCAGAAUCUACUUCAAUGUGGAGGUGUUAGUUGUCCAAGUAUAGGUAUUCCAUAAUUUCGAGGAAGUUUUCCUGAAAUACGAAAGCCUGUGCUGCCCAGCGGUACUCCCCAAAUUUUCCCAGGACAAACACCUGCAUGUACUCAGAGGCUAACUUCUCAAUCGCCCCCCAAACCCCCUCGGCUCUGACCUCAAAUGUUAGGUCCAUGACAGCUUGGACGUCACUCCUGUGCCAGUCGAGGGCUGAAAAAGGCACACAAUGACAGUAUCUGCGGGGCUCCCAAGUGGGAAACCUAGACCAGGUUCCGUUAGCUUCGUGCUCUGAGAUGUGCGUCCGGGUGGGCGUGCCGCCCACAGUCCCGCGGCAACAGCCGGCGGGUCCCAGCAUCCUGAGCGGCGGGAACCCUGUCGCCCACUACCCAGCAGGCCCCGGGGCGCUUCCGCGCCUGCGCCCUCGGACGUGGUGGUGACGCCCGCGGCGAAUCCUCGCUCGUCGUGGACUUAAGGAGGCAACGGCGUUUUCCCGCGCUUUUUCUGGACGCCUCAGGAUUCUUUCAGCAUCUGGAGACCUCAUUAUCUACCAUGUCUUUGUGUGAAGACAUGCUGCUUUGUAAUUAUCGCAAGUGUCGCAUCAAACUCUCUGGUUACGCAUGGGUCACUGCCUGCUCUCACAUAUUCUGUGAUCAGCAUGGCAGUGGUGAGUUUAGCCGUUCACCGGCUAUCUGCCCUGCCUGCAACAGUACUCUUUCUGGAAAGCUAGAUAUUGUCCGCACAGAACUCAGUCCAUCAGAGGAAUAUAAAGCCAUGGUAUUGGCAGGACUUCGACCAGAGAUUGUGUUGGACAUUAGCUCCCGAGCAUUGGCCUUCUGGACAUAUCAGGUACACCAGGAGCGUCUCUAUCAAGAAUACAAUUUCAGCAAGGCUGAGGGCCAUCUGAAACAGAUGGAGAAGAUAUAUACUCAGCAAAUACAGAGCAAGGAUAUAGAAUUGACCUCUAUGAAAGGGGAAGUCACCUCCAUGAAGAAAGUGCUAGAAGAAUAUAAGAAAAAGUUCAGUGACAUCUCUGAGAAACUCAUGGAGCGAAAUCGCCAGUAUCAAAAGCUGCAAGGCCUCUAUGAUAGCCUUAGGCUACGAAAUAUCACUAUUGCUAAUCAAGAAGGCACCCUGGAACCAUCCAUGAUUGCACAGUCUGGUGUUUUUGGCUUCCCAUUAGGGAACAACUCCAAGUUUCCUUUGGAUAGUACACCCGUUCGAAAUCGAGGUGGUGGAGAUGGUGAUUUUCAGUUCAGACCGUUUUUUGUGGGUUCUCCCACAGCGCCUGAACCCAGCAACAGCUUUUUCAGUUUCGCCUCCCCAAGUCGUGAGUUAGAGCAGCAGCAAGUCUCUAGCAGGGCCUUUAAAGUAAAAAGAAUUUAGCUCACCUUACAGAAUUUUCUCUGUUAACUUUCAGUGAUUUCAUUUCACAGAUAAUCUUUAUUCUAGGUAGGAGUCACCAACCUCCAUGUGUUUGCUAUUGAGUCUUUGAAAUUAUCUUCACAUUUUCAACUUAAAAGAAACUCAGUGUCAGUGGGGGUUAGCUUUAGAGUCUGGUUUCUUACUCUGUUUCUAUUAUUUAAGGCAUGAGCAUUUGAUUAAACUCAGUUUUAUUAUGAACUGUUAAGUUUUCACCAGCAGUGAAAAGCUUACAAUAUUAUUGGGUGUUUUGUAGAUCACCAUUCGUUUCUGUCUAGGAUAUUUCUGACUGAGCCAUGUGUUUAAGCAUAAAUAUAUAAGCACCUAUGUCAUAUGUCAGCAUGCCACUUUGGGUUCUGGUAUUUAUACAUGCAUGUGUAUGUAUGUUCCUUUACAUUGAUAUUUUGCUAUAUUUGACAGUAUAUUUAUGUGAAGAUUUUGGUUUUAGGAAAUGGUGAAUCUGUAGCUUGUUAUUUGGGUGUGUACAUUUAUUUGUAUACAUUUAAUGCAUUUGCCCUUGUAUUAACUCGUUUGGAGGUGUGCUCAUGUCGAUGAAUGAGGGUACAAUUUGAGGCAUGUAUGUAUGUUCUGUUCCUGUUUAAUGAUUCACACUGAUAAAGCUAUUUUGUGAAGUUGAUAUUUUGGCAUUUAUUUUAAAAUAAAAUUACUUCUUUCUUUACUCUUUUGCUUGCUGUUGCCCUGGGUCACUUAUUUAGGAAUGCACUUCUGCAGAAAACUUACCAAUAUGUUAUUGAUCUCAAGAGAUUAUUUUAAUUAAAAUACUUUAAAAGAUA